GUUCAUCCAGCGAUCACUGCACCGUGGGGACACAGAACUCCUUCCCUUCUUGAAGCAGCUUCUGCACUUGGAGAAUGUGCCCCAAAGGAGAGGAACGCCAACUGCACCUCCGCAGACCCUUCAAGGCCACCAUCUCCUUCCUACUCCUCUGGCUGAGCCCGGCCAAAGCCUUCUGGACGACCCUCCGAUCUGCGAUCCCAUUUGCUGGAAUAUAUCCUGGGACCCAUUUAGAGGUGUCCCCAGGGCGGUUUGCAGGGACAAAACGGCCAUGGCCAAGUGUCCCGCUAGGGGCUUGCGCAGCUAGCGGUGGGCCGGCCCUUCGGGGACUCCAGGGCUGUCAAAGGCUGCGAACGGGCCCCUGCCCGGAUCUGAAAGGACCGCAGCAGCUCGGCGGCGGGACAGUGGGACUUCCCGUUUGUCUUCCGCAGGAGCAGCUAGAAACGCUGGAGAAACUCUGGGAGGUCCCUGGCACUUGCCGGACAGCAACCAUGAGCUUUGUGGCGUACGAGGAGCUGAUCAAAGAGGGUGACACAGCCAUCCUGUCGCUGGGCCAUGGUGCAAUGGUGGCCGUACGUGUACAGCGUGGGGCCCAGACCCAGACCCGGCACGGCGUCCUGCGACACUCGGUAGACCUCAUUGGCCGCCCGUUUGGCUCCAAGGUGACCUGCGGCCGUGGCGGCUGGGUGUAUGUGCUGCACCCGACGCCCGAGCUCUGGACACUGAACCUGCCGCACCGGACGCAGAUCCUCUACUCCACGGACAUCGCCCUGCUCACCAUGAUGCUGGAGCUGCGGCCUGGCUCCGUGGUCUGUGAGUCCGGCACCGGCAGCGGCUCUGUGUCCCACGCCAUCAUCCGCACCAUUGCGCCCACGGGCCACCUGCACACGGUGGAGUUCCACCAGCAGCGGGCGGAGAAGGCUCGGGAGGAGUUCCAGGAGCACCGCGUGGGCCGGUGGGUGACCGUACGCAACCAGGACGUGUGUCGCAGCGGCUUUGGCGUGAGCCACGUGGCGGACGCUGUCUUCCUGGACAUCCCCUCACCAUGGGAGGCCGUAGGCCACGCCUGGGAUGCUCUCAAGGUUGAAGGUGGGCGCUUCUGCUCCUUCUCGCCGUGCAUUGAGCAGGUGCAGCGCACGUGCCAGGCGCUGGCGGCCCGCGGCUUCUCGGAGCUGAGCACCCUGGAGGUGCUGCCCCAGGUCUAUCAUGUGCGCACCGUCAGCCUGCCCGCGCCCGACCUGGGCGCCAGCCCGGGCCCCGACGCCCGCCCCUUCCGCAGCGGCACGCCCAUGAAGGAGGCCGUGGGCCACACCGGGUACCUGACCUUCGCCACCAAGACCCUGGGCUAGCGAGCCGCCGGCAGGACUCCGGGGAGCUGGGGGCCCUGCGGGGCCAGACAGGGAGGCUCGGCUCGGCCAGAGGAUGCCUUAUAUGGUCAGCGGACGCCUGCCGGGCCGUGUUUAGAAACAGAGGGACCGUGGGCCGGGGCCUGGUGUGUGGCUGAAAGGAGGCUGCCACGGGGGCGGGGGGGGGGAAGCAUCCAGUCCCUGGGGAGUCAGACCUCCCUCCCAUGUCACCCCUGCCCUCAGCGUCCCAUCCUGCUGCUGUUUGCUGUCACGUGAAGUGUCCACUGCCGUGGCCUCUUCUGGAUGUGGAGGCCCAAGAGGGCAGGUGGCAGGAGGGUACAGGUCUCACCCCUUCCCCGGGGGCCCCCUACAGCAGGUGGGGAGCAAAGACUCAGAGGAGGGAGAGGGCCUGGGCCUGUGAAGCAGCUGCCCGGCAGGGUUGUGGGCUGGCCUGUCAUCGAUGUUUGAAAGCGGACCCUGCUAUGUGGCCUCAGGCCUGACCUUACUCCACUGGGCACUGCCUGGGCCAUGUGGGCUUGUGCCCAGUCCCCCCCACCCCGCCCCAGUCUACCCCUGAAAGUGCCUUCUGCUGCCCUGGUCCAGCCAGGGCCCCCGUGUGUCCCUCAGAGAAGAGCUGAGCCAGACGGGAUGUGCUUCCCAUGGUCAGCCAGGCCAGGUCCCAGCCACGCGGUGCCCUGCCUCUCGCAGGAGCCUCGGGCUUGUGUGGGGCGUACAGGACGGAGGAUGGAAGGUCACCGGGUUCCGUAUGUUCAGCCCCACCCCGGCCUCACCAGCUGCCAGGAGCCUCUGUCCCCAUGUUAGGACCAGAGCCCAGGGCACUGCGCUGCAGGAAGCCGGCCCCCAACCAUGCCUGGCAGAGAAAUAAACACUGUCGCCCCUGC